UCCUCUGCACGAUAGCACGAAGCCGAGAGGCGAUCAUGGCAGCGCUGCCCCGCUUUCGCUUUGGUCUCCUCCGCCUCGCCACCUUGGUUGCCGUGCUGGUGCAACAAGCCCGUCUGCUGCCAGUGGCCAUGGCGCAAACCAAUAACCUGACCGCGGGAGACGCCUUAACGCCGCCCCGGUAUAUCACCAGCCCGUCCGGCGGCUUCGCCUUUGGCUUCCGCGCCCUCGACUCCGACCCGACCAAGUUCCUCCUCGCCACAUGGUUCCGCUUUGCGGACGACGCCAACUCCUCCCAGCCGCAGCCGCAGUCCGUUUUGUGGUUCCUGAAAAAGACGGCCAUGGGCACCGCAGUCGUCGCCACCGCGACGUCCGUCCUCAACAUCACGGGCGACGGCCGCCUCAAGGUCACAGACCGCGGCGACCAAGAGCUGUGGAGCGCCCUGACUCCCAGCAUGCAGCGCGGGUCCGUCCUCGCGCUGAGCGACUCCGGCAACGUCCAGUUCCUCGGCGACGGCGACAUCGUGCUCUGGGAGAGCUUCCGGAACCCGACGGACACGCUGCUCCCAGGGCAGCCCUUGUCCUCGAGUUACUCGCCCGGGGGACUCCUGGUCUCCAAGCGCACGGACGCGGAGUUCGCAACGGGACGGUUCAGCCUGGCAGUCCAGCCUGACGGCAACGUUGUCCUCUACAUCGACCUCUUCACCGCUGACUACAGAACGACCAACGCCUACUGGGCUACGCGCACCUACGGCCCCAAUGGCAACACGACCGUCACCUUCGACAACCAGGGCUUCCUCAACUACACGCUUCGAGAUGGCAGCGUUCACGGUUUGAUUUUGCCGAAAGGUUCCAACGGCGGCAACUACUUGCAGUUGGCGAGGAUGGACCCUGACGGCAUCGUCCGCACCCCUACACCCGCCCUAGAUACGGUAGCGGGGGCACGCCUUGGACAGUGUCGGGAGCACUCCCCGGUGACGGAGGCUGCAACAGGGUAACAUCCUCGAAGCAAGGCUUGUGCGGCCCGGGGUCUUACUGCGUGCAGACGAUAGAGAGGCUCAGCUGCCUGUGCCCCACUGGGUACACCUACAUCGACGCGCAACACGCCAAUAUUGGCUGC